AUGGGACGACGUGUACGUGAAAUUGAGCAAGGCACGGGCACACUCUUCGUUCAUAGGCGAUCACACCUCAGAAUUCGAAUGCAAGCGACAGAUGCUUAUGAUUGUAAUUCGACCAACGACACUGACGCGGCAACAACACUGUCGCGGCAACAAUUGCGUUGCGGCGCUUCGGGACAACAACGUCUGAAAGUGCACGCGUGGCGUGAAGAAUUUGCACAUGAAUGUUGCUGUGUAUUGCUUUACGCAUCCUAA